CACGGCACUUGGCAUGGCAACGGAUUCCUUGACAGCGCGCCUGCACGGCACCUUAGGCUUCCUCUCGCAAGUGAAUGAAGUCCAGGCGUCAUUGUUCGUGACCCGCAAACUCGAGGAGCUCGGUGCCGUGGUUGAUGCGUCCUCGCCCGAGUACACUCGCUUCAUCUUGGCCGCCCUUCGAAUGGACAUCCGCGACUUUCAUAGCUCAACUCCGUGCGUGCACCACCCCAUGCACGAAUUCCAUAGCAUCUUCGACUGGGUGGCGGCCAAGUGUAAUCCACCCUUGCCACAAACACGGGCCGUGCGACUCCUUUGCACAAUUCAGUUCAUCUUGCUGCCCGCUCGACGAUGGGUGGACGAGUACAACGACGAGUCAUUGAGUGCGGGCCCGUUUGUGUUGUUUGACAGGUACUCGACGCAUCUCGCGCCAUACUUGCCGAACCCAAUCGACCCAUCAAACGCCGUACAGCGCGAAGCCAAGGACUUUCAGCGGCGCUUGGAUGAAUUUCUCGUGGAUCGGAAAGGGCCCCUCGUCCACGAGAAACUCGUGGCUCUCCUUGCUCGAUUUCCCCUCGUGGCGUUCCAAGUACACGCAAUUCGGUUCUUGAAUGCAGUGGAAGACCAGCUCUUUUCCACAACCGACGACACGGUGGUCGCUUUCGAUAGCACGACGGCGCAACCUCGCGUCAGCCGGCGGUCGUUGCAACGACCAAUGGAAGUCCCCGCCGAAACCUGGACGGUUCUGGACAAGUGCUUGAGCGCUGCGGUGCAGACCAAGUUUCCUAGGCCAGAUGACCAGUCAAUUUUGGAUGCCACACGGAUUCAAAUGCCGCCGCCACCAGCGCAAGUCCGUCAGGAUGCACACUCUCAACAAGUACAGCAGGGAGCUGUCAAGACGGGGCGACAGAACGAUGAAGCGGCAAUGGCCGACGGCAAGCGAGAAAAGGAUGAUGACAACGACGAUGUUGUGACUGUAUCGUCGCCCGAGUCUGUGGCGGAAGACAAGAAGUGGCCUCCCGGGGCCGGUGAUGCGACCCAGCAACGUCGACGAAAGCGUCGAGUGGUGUGGACCCCCGAGGAAGAAGACGCAGUGCGCCAAGGCGUCCGGGUCUUUGGCGAGUCGAGCUGGACCGAAAUCAAGCGGCGCUAUCCCAACGUGCUGGUCCACCGCACCGCGGAGCAAAUCAAAGAUAAGUUUCGCAACAUACAGAAACGCUUGUCCAAAGGCAGCGCGACUUGAGAGGUCGAUCCACGACCGUCCAUUUGAGAUAAAGGAGUUGAGUGCCAUGAAUGACAAUGAUGGAAGGCUGUGAAGCGUGUGCAUAAACACAAACGACACGAUUCAAAGGACGGUUGUACUCGUGAUGUGCAUUACAAUUCUUCCUCAACGACUUGAUGAGGUCGCGC